AUGGUGAAAACUGUUGUGUUUCAGGUACAGAAGUUCUUCGUUGAGCUACCUGCUGUGUGCGUUCUUGGCUGCUCCAACCUGGAGCUCUGCUUCUUCACCUUCUCAAGCCCGCAGCUGGGACAUGCAGUGCAACUACUGCACCAGCACGGGGUGCGCGUGCGGGUCAUCACCGACUGCGACUACAUGGCCCUCAAUGGCUCUCAGAUCGGCCUGUUACACACACAAGAUAUACAGGCAAGGCAUGACUAGGACCUAGGCUACAGGCACCAUAAGUUUGCCAUCGUUGACAAGAAGGUGCUCAUCACUGGCUCCCUCAAUUGGACCACACAGGCCAUCCAGAACAACCGUGAGAACGUUCUGAUUAUGGAGGACACCGAGUACGUGCGGCUGUUCCUGGAGGAGUUUGAGCGCAUCUGGGAAGAAUUUGACCCCACUAAGUACAGCUUUUUCCCCCAAAAGCAUCGAGGGCACUGACCCUGCUUUGUCUUGCUCAGUCUUCCAGCUUGUCCUUGUGUUGUUACCUCCUGCUUUGCUUGAGCUUUCCUGGCUGGCUGGGGAGCAGCUUACAGUGUUCCUGUGUGUGCCUCCCCACCAGAAAGAAGUUGGGAAGGAGGUGACAGUGUUGC